AUGUGCAAGUUCCGAAAUGUGACACUGCGUGUACGAACUCUCAAGAUGAAGCGACGAGCGGCGGCGACCCUGCCCAUGGUGCGCGAGGAGUCACCACGCUUCAACCGCGACCUGGCCUUAUACGGCACGGUGGUCAUCACCGCCGUCCUCAGCUAUAUCAACAGCCUGAAUGGCGAGUUCGUGCAUGACGACAUCCCUGCGGUCGUGAUGAACCCGGAUGUGAUUGGGACGAAUUCGCUGCGGAAAGUUUUCGAGAAUGACUUCUGGGGUACGCCGAUGAGUGAUGUGAACAGCCAUAAGAGCUACAGGCCGUUGACUACGCUGUCCUUCAGACUAAACCACGUGCUCUCCGGCCUGAAGCCGUGGUGGUACCACGCCAGUAACGUGGUGCUGCACGCCAUAUGCUGCGCGCUGGUCGCCCGCGCCUGCGUCACGGUCGCGCGGCUUCAGCGCCCGUUCGCCUUGCUCGCCGCUCUGUUGUUCGCUGUGCACCCUGUGCACACUGAAGCGGUGGCUGGUAUCGUGGGCAGAGCCGACGUGCUGGCUUGCAUUCUCUUUCUUUCGUCGCUCCUACUCUAUCAUAGACCAGCGAAGAACAAGAAGUGCGUGUGGCUGAGCAUAAUGCUUGGGGCGCUAAGUAUGCUUGCCAAGGAGACUGGAUUCACCAUCCUUGUGCUGAAUCUGGUGUUUGACCUGUACAGGUGUUGGCCGUUUAUGAGGAAAUCACUAAGCACCAUGAAGAUGGAAAAUCAGUGCACGAGGCUCAUAAUUCGAGUGAUGAAGGUGACGGUAUCACUAGCGCUGCUGAUUUCUGUACGCUUGGCAGUGCUGCAGGGGUCGUGGCCAACGUUCUCUAACCAGGACAAUCCGGCAGCGUUUCACCCGAACUUUUUUGUUAGGCUCAUGACCUUCUGUUACCUGGCCGCUUUCAACUGGUGGUUGCUGCUGUGUCCCUGGACGCUAAGCCACGACUGGCAGAUGAGCUCCGUGCCCAUCAUCACCAGUGCCUGGGACCCUCGCAACCUGCUCACCUGCGCCGCCCUAGGAGCAAUGCUGCUGCUGUGCUAUCGAUGUGUAGCGGAUAUGCAGGUCCAGAGGCAUACACCAGCGGUGAUCGGAUUGAUGAUUCUGGUGAUAUCUUUCCUACCGGCCAGUAACAUGUUCGUCACUGUUGGAUUUGUUAUUGCUGAGCGGGUCUUAUACAUUCCAAGUGUCGGCAGCGUGAUUAUAACAGCCUACGGCGCCCAGCUCAUGUGGUGCUCCAAGCCGGGAGCGAAGGCGUUCAUCGUUGUGGGCUUCGCUGUGCUAGCAGCGAGCAGUGUGGCCAAAACUUACAAGCGCAAUGCGGACUGGCGAGACCGGGCUUCGCUGUUAAGGGCUGAUUUGGUGACUUUGCCAGAAAAUGCCAAGCUGCACUACAACUUCGGAAACUUUCUCAGAGAGACCGACCAGCACGAUGGGGCUAUCCAUCAUUACAAAGAAGCUAUCAGACUUUGGCCAACGUACGCGAGCGCUCACAACAACAUUGGCACACUCGUAAACAGUGUGGAUAAUGCCGAAGAGCACUUCCUUCAAGCGAUCAAAUACAAUAGAGGACACGUCAACGCACACUAUAACCUAGCCAAGCUAUAUAAGAAAAGCGGUCACAAGGACCUGGCGAUCAGAAUGCUCGAGAAGUGCAACUGGCUUCAGCCUCACUUCAUCUUAGCCCACUUGGAGCUCAUGGCAUUGAAGCCACCGGCAGAACAACCUGCUAUCAUGCAGCGGAUCAUCCGAGUGGACCCGGAGAAUUGGGAACAUUACUUGUUGUUUGGAAAAUGGUUAAAGAACAAAGGAAUUCCUGCAGCGGCGUCUAAGUUAUUUAUCAAGGCGGUUCGUCUUAGCUUCAAGCACCGCGCCGUCGCACGCGCAGAUCAAAUGGACUUGCUGUCGGUGCGCAGUGCAGCGCUCAUGUACCGCUCGAUGGGACAGAAGGGGAGGAUCCUACAGUUGUUAACGAGGUGGCAUACCUGGCGGCGUGGGUGGUAUAACGCAGCAACUACUCAUAUGUACCUGCGAGAAUGGAGACUCAAGAUGGAACUAGAGGGACGAGUGAGGAUAUAUUCUGAAGCUGUCAGUUCUUCUAAAUCAACAACUUGUUUCGACCAUAACCAGCUUUCAGUUAAAGAGAAAAAAGCAAAUGAAGAUAAAAAGCAAAAUAAUAAUAAACUAGUGACAAAUAAUAAAGACAAAAAACCUAAUCAAGCAAAUGUAGUUAAUAAUAAGAAAAGUGACAAUAAGAAAAAUAGUGUGUGUGUUUGUAAAACGUGCGGGACCAAACAAAAGAAUGUUUCAAUAUCGUCACAGUUAAAGAAUAUCCAUAACAAAUCGGACGCAGGGCUGAAAGCUAAAACUUUUUCUAAGGUAAGAAAAGACAAAAAAGUUACUAAAACUAAUGUGAUACCUAGCAUAGGUGCACCCCUGGAACAUAUAACGAUAAAAAUGAUUUAGAUAUUAGAUUAAGGAAUUGCUUUUGAAUGCAAGAAAAACAAGAGAAUUGUGACUGUUUUGUAAUGAAAAGUUGUAACCAAUAAGUGUACUAUUGGGAAUACCUUUGCUUUGCAAAGAAAAGGUGAAAUUGCAUUUUGUCCCGUUAAACGAUUUUUUAUUAAAUAUGGUAUCACAACCAGUCAAGUCAGAAAUGUUGUUCUUCUUAUUUUAAUGCCAUUUUCAUUUUCAGUGCCCAUGUUUUACUUUUUAUUUAUUACCGUAGAAAAAGCAUUAUCGUGACUAAUUGUAUUCAAAAAAGGUUUUACCUCAAACAUUGUGUAAAAAUGAAAAUAAAUGUGAAACCUCUCGCCUUUGUACCUCGACUGUAGUAAAUUUCAUUCGAAAACGAAUUGUAUCGAAAUCGUUUAGGUUCAACCUUUAUUUUAUUUGGAUGAACAGGAUUAUGAGCAUGUUUCAGAAAUAUAGCUUGUCUAAAAAAAACAUGGACAAUGGUCCUCAUUCAGAAUGGAUUUUUGAACAGACCUGCAAAACGAACUUAUCCAAAGAAUAUCAUCCAAAAUCACAACGAUUUAGAAUGAAAUUUACACACUGGGCUGUAUUAGAAUACAGUAAUCAUAUUGUUAUUCGACUACUCAUGUUUCUAAAGUUGAUACUGUCAACCAAUUUUAAUGGAAGGUUCUACCUUUUAACAGCCAACGCCAAAGUGACUUCUAUGGCAAAUAAAUCACGGUGUUAAGAAGACAAGGUUCUAGAGUGGCCUAGGAUUCAAACUGGUCGACCGAGAAAUUUAAUUUAUCAUUGUAUGUAAACUAAAUAAAUCAUUAUUUUCUUAAAUUAUUUGUAUUUUUUGACUAUAGCGUUUUUUUAGAUCAAUUUCACUAGAUAGAAAAAAUAAUUAAUAUAGGAAGUAGUAAGUAAGCAAAUUAAGGAAAAUAUAUUUUUGUGAAAUUUCGGUGGGGCGUUUUUAUAAUAAAUGAGAAUCAAACUAGCUUAUAGGUAUAAGAAACGUUGGGUAUUGGCAAGAAAUAAAAAUUUGGCCUAAAAUCACAAAUAGUUAUAGCGGAAUAAGGAUGGAAAAAAAGAUUAUGUGUAUAAAAUUGAAUUACUUACUUAAUGCUUGUUAUUCAGCAAAGAAAUAUUAUAUAAAAUCUCAUUCGAAAUCACAAUAUUGUUUUGUUGUAUGUUGUGUAGCAGUAGAUUAUACUCGAAUCUAUUAAAACAUAUUUUAUGGCACCCACUGCAAAAUUUUCUUUUUAUUGGAAUAUACUACAAUUAAAAAAAAUCUUUAAAAGCAAUAACUUAAAUGUAAUUUUUCUUUUAAAUUGUAAUAUUAAUUGUUUAUUGUUACCUAC